CGUGUUUGACCUUGAAGGGUCACUUAAGAGGCCGGGACACUUUGACGGACGCUAAGCUCUCUUGCUUGCGAAUGUUUUGAUGUUUUCAGUUUCAAAUCGGCCGAUAAUUUUUGGGUGGUACGGAGUUCCUCGUCCUUUGAACCCGCGUUUCACCUAGAAGGGUGGCCUUGAGAGGUCCGGAUUUUUUGACGGACGGGUGGUUCUUGCGCUGGUGAAUAUCUUUAUGCUUGCAGUUGUCAAAUGGGCCGGGAAUUUUUGGGUGAUAUCGAGUUCCCCAUCCUUUUGACCCAGAGUUUGACCUCAAAGGUCCCAUAAUAUUGAAAAACAAAGGUUAUUUUCGAUGUUCUCGUGCAUAAUUGACUUUGAGACCCUUUUUCAGAGAAAUCGGAACUCGUUGCUGAAUAAAUCGCCAACUUUACGAGCAUGCCAGCUGACUAACCAGGCCGAUCGGAUGCUUGGAGGUCCUGGACACAAGUGGGAAAGUCUGAUAUUCAAACAUCGACACGUCUGAAGCUCUUCAGUCACAAAUGGAUGGCACAUGCCCACCUUUGAAAGCUGAGGAUGAGGAAGGUCCCUGUCCAUCUGGAGAUGAAUGCACUCAAACAUUCUUCCCAGGUGAUGGUACUCUGGACAUCAAGCCGGACCCGUUGACCUUGUCACCUUCAGGAGCAGCUCUGAGCGACUCUGAUGGCUGCUCGGAGGCUCCAGCUGCAGACCACCCGGACCCGCCUGACGCCAGGGAUGAGUGGCCGGCGCCCGUCGCCUCGCAUGACGACGCUCCCGAUGUCCAGCCCGAUCCGUUGGCGUUGUCUGCCUUAGACGAGGAUCUGCUCGCAGAUACCAGUCCCCCGUCAUUCAGCAAAUCUGCCAAGCUCCGGUUUUCGGUGGAGGAGGGGUUUCGCCGCGGGACCUGUGUGUAUCAGGCAGAGGACGGCCACUCGUACCUCGUGAGGUACAGGCCGAGGAACUCCGGCCGCCUCUAUCUCAAGUGCUACUACAGCGUGGGACACAACGGCUUCCAGUGUCCGGCCACGGCGACGGUGAUGGGGUCGUACCUGCUGCGACGGCGGAUGCACUCUCACCCCGUGCUGCCGCUUGAUCUACAGGUGCGUCGCAACGCGGGUCGCGAUGCGGCAGAUCCUGCGGGCGAACCCUGACGCGCCGAACCACAACAUAUUCCAAGCGAUAGCGCGGGGUGCCGCGGGCGAGGCGCACCCGUGGUCGGCGGCCCGCCAGA